UAAAUUUAAUUAAAAUUAGACAGUUGGAGAUGUUUAAAGAAUAAAUAAGAGAAAACAAUAUUGAUUAAUGUAUUUUCUUUAAACAGUACAUAACAUAAAUGAUAUAUAAUAAUUAAAAGUUAUAUAGAAUUGCAAGACGACGUGACGAAACCAAAAAUUCGAUAUUCGUAAUUCUAUGCAUAUACAUAUAAUUAUUUAAUAUAAAUACUUAAUUUAUAUAUAAAAAAAAAACGAAAUUCAAGAUAAUUUCGAGACAUUAAAUAUCUUAAUGGAAGUGUGAUAUAUGUAAAUCCAACGUAUAAAUUUAAAUCACACUGCCAAUUAAAAGGAAAUUCGAUGGUGCCAUAUUGAUAAUAUUGUUUCAACAAUUAUGUGAUAUUUUUAAAACACUUGAAUACACUUUUACUUGUUAUUUUUUAUUUGUUCAUUAUCAAUUAUCUAUAUACGUAUAUCGUCAAAGUAUAAUUAGUAUAUACUGUUUGAGUUUUGAAUAUUUAAUUUUUUAGUUUUACAGUAAAUAUGUGUAUCGAGAGGUGUUCCUAUUACAAUAAUAUUCAUUUAACUAAUUUUUGAAUUUUGAAAGUGAUUCAUUGAAUUCUUAUUGAGGACGAUACUGUUUCACCGCAUUCCAUAAGAAGAAAGCUCGUUUAUAUAUAUUUUCUAACCUUAAAUAUAUACAUAUAAGAAAUAUUUUAUCAUUUGAAUAAUAAUAUAGUAUUCUCAUAUUUCGUUUGCGUCAUUCUUUACUAAAAACAGCUUCGAAAGUUAAGCAGGUUAAAUAUUAUGAAAAUAUAUGAUAAUUAUGUAAAUUCAUACAAUUUCUAUUCAUAGAUUAGUUAUAUUAUAUUAUAAAUAUAAAGAAACUGUUUAGUAUAAAAUAGACUUUUCAAGUGAUAAGAGUUAAAUAUAAGUAAAAUGAGUAGAAGUAUAUUUUCUAUGAUACAAAAAUUAACAUCCAAUGUAAGAAGUUGUAAUAUGGCACAAACAGCAUUUCUACAAAAAGCUGCUUUGGAAGAACGUUGUAUUCUUGUGGAUGAAUUUGAUAGACCCAUUGGUAAUGCAUCAAAACGAGAUUGUCAUAGAAUUAACAAUAAUGGUACUAUACCUCUUCAUAGAGCCUUCAGCGUCUUUUUAUUUAACAAGGAUAAUGAUUUAUUAUUGCAAAAACGUUCUCCAUGGAAGGUAACAUUUCCAGGCCAUUAUACAAACUCAUGUUGCAGUCAUCCUUUAGCAGAAAUUCCUGGAGAAACUUUAGAGGAUGAUGCGAUAGGUAUCCGUAGAGCAGCGCAAAGAAGACUUAAUUAUGAAUUGGGUAUUCCGUUAUCAGAGAUUCAACUUUCGGAUUUCUUUUAUUUAUCAAGAAUUCAUUACUUUUCUUCGGGAGAUGGAAUUUGGGGUGAACAUGAAAUAGAUUACAUAUUAUUUCUACAGAAGGAUCAUAUAACAAUUGAUCCUAACCCUGAUGAAGUAAGUGAAGUUCAAUGGGUAUCGAAAUCGAUGAUUAACGAUUUGACACGUACAAUAAAAGCACCACUAACACCUUGGUUUCAACUUAUACUUCAGUAUAAAUUACAAUUAUGGUGGGAUAAUUUAAAAACUUUGGAUAAAGUACAAAAUUAUUCUGUAAUACAAAAAUAUUUGUAAUACAUUGAUAUAAUUAACUCUAUUUCUAUACAAUUUAUAUGUAUUAUUUUAUAGUAAUAUGCAUAUACUCGCUGUGGAAAAUUUUGAAUUUCUAUGCUUAUAAUGAAUUUUCAAAUUUAAUUUUUAUGAUUGAAAUUUAUGUAGUUAUUUCUUUGAAAAGAAUAUUAUAAUCUUAAAUUUUCUAUCUUAUCAGAUUAUAAUGUCAGUAUAUUAUAAUGGACAAAAAUAUUUUAUUAUUAUUAUCAUCAUUAUGCUUUAAUUGGGAAUAUUGUAAUAUAAUUCAAAUAAAAUAUUUUAUAUACAUUA